AUGUUAAUUAUGUAUCAAUCACUGCUACCUUGUCCCCCCUUCCUCCCCCUUCCCGCCUGCCUUCCUCUCCCUCCACCAUCAAAAUCUCCUUCCACCCUUUUCCACAUUGUCUUCUCUCUCGAAUUCCCCUCCCUGCUCCCCACAACGCGUCUCGCAAGGCACCGGCAGAGGAGCAAGCGGGCUGCCGUAGCAAGGCGUGAGCUCACUGCAGCAAGGCAUGAGCUCACUGCAGCAACGCGUGAGCUCACUGCAGCAAGGCGUGAGCUCACUGCAGCAACGCGUGAGCUCACUGCAGCAACGCAUGAGCUCACUGCAGCAACGCGUGAGCUCACUGCAGCAAGGCGUGAGCUCACUGCAGCAACGCGUGAGCUCACUGCAGCAACGCGUGAGCUCACUGCAGCAAGGCGUGAGCUCACUGCAGCAACGCGUGAGCUCACUGCAGCAACGCCAAGGCGUGAGCUCACUGCAGCAACGCGUGAGCUCACUGCAGCAAGGCGUGAGCUCACUGCAGCAAGGCGUGAGCUCACUGCAGCAACGCGUGAGCUCACUGCAGCAAGGCGUGAGCUCACUGCAGCAACGCGUGAGCUCACUGCAGCAAGGCGUGAGCUCACUGCAGCAAGGCGUGAGCUCACUGCAGCAAGGCGUGAGCUCACUGCAGCAAGGCGUGAGCUCACUGCAGCAAGGCGUGAGCUCACUGCAGCAACGCGUGAGCUCACUGCAGCAAGGCGUGAGCUCACUGCAGCAACGCGUGAGCUCACUGCAGCAAGGCGUGAGCUCACUGCAGCAAGGCGUGAGCUCACUGCAGCAAGGCGUGAGCUCACUGCAGCAAGGCGUGAGCUCACUGCAGCAAGGCGUGAGCUCACUGCAGCAAGGCGUGAGCUCACUGCAGCAAGGCGUGAGCUCACUGCAGCAACGCGUGAGCUCACUGCAGCAACGCGUGAGCUCACUGCAGCAACGCGUGAGCUCACUGCAGCAACGCGUGAGCUCACUGCAGCAACGCGUGAGCUCACUGCAGCAACGCGUGAGCUCACUGCAGCAAGGCGUGAGCUCACUGCAGCAACGCGUGAGCUCACUGCAGCAAGGCGUGAGCUCACUGCAGCAACACGUGAGCUCACUGCAGCAAGGCGUGAGCUCACUGCAGCAACGCGUGAGCUCACUGCAGCAAGGCGUGAGAUCACUGCAGCAACGCGUGAGCUCACUGCAGCAAGGCGUGAGCUCACUGCAGCAAGGCGUGAGCUCACUGCAGCAAGGCGUGAGCUCACUGCAGCAACGCGUGAGCUCACUGCAGCAAGGCGUGAGCUCACUGCAGCAAGGCGUGAGCUCACUGCAGCAAGGCGUGAGCUCACUGCAGCAACGCGUGAGCUCACUGCAGCAACGCGUGAGCUCACUGCAGCAACGCGUGAGCUCACUGCAGCAACGCGUGAGCUCACUGCAGCAACGCGUGAGCUCACUGCAGCAACGCGUGAGCUCACUGCAGCAAGGCGUGAGCUCACUGCAGCAACGCGUGAGCUCACUGCAGCAACGCGUGAGCUCACUGCAGCAAGGCGUGAGCUCACUGCAGCAACGCGUGAGCUCACUGCAGCAAGGCGUGAGCUCACUGCAGCAACGCGUGAGCUCACUGCAGCAACGCGUGAGCUCACUGCAGCAAGGCGUGAGCUCACUGCAGCAAGGCGUGAGCUCACUGCAGCAAGGCGUGAGCUCACUGCAGCAAUGCGUGAGCUCACUGCAGCAACGCGUGAGCUCACUGCAGCAACGCGUGAGCUCACUGCAGCAACGCGUGAGCUCACUGCAGCAACGCGUGAGCUCACUGCAGCAAGGCGUGAGCUCACUGCAGCAAGGCGUGAGCUCACUGCAGCAAGGCGUGAGCUCACUGCAGCAAGGCGUGAGCUCACUGCAGCAAGGCGUGAGCUCACUGCAGCAACGCGUGAGCUCACUGCAGCAACGCGUGAGCUCACUGCAGCAACGCGUGAGCUCACUGCAGCAAGGCGUGAGCUCACUGCAGCAAGGCGUGAGCUCACUGCAGCAACGCGUGAGCUCACUGCAGCAACGCGUGAGCUCACUGCAGCAACGCGUGAGCGUGCGCAAUAA